GUGUACAUAACUCACUCUCUACUUCUCUAUUUAUGCCAAACCAAUAGCAGCUGCCUGAUUCGCGACUCCGGGCCCGGCGCUUCACCACCGCUGCUCUCCACGCCCUCAACUCCGCCUCCAUCGCAGCAUCAUCGCAGCAUCACAGAUGUCCGCCCUACGAACACUCGCCCGCGUCGCGCGGAGAUCCGCCUUCACCUCCACCCUCUCCCCCCGCUACAUCCGCCCCUUCUCCUCCUCCUCCUCCUCCUCCGCCUUCUCCCGCGUCGACCUCCCAGACUACUUCAAGCCCCUCGACCCCUCCAAGCCCCUUCUCGACUGGGAAACCCAGCUCCGCACCUUCGUCGCCACCGUCCCCGGCGCAUUCCAACACUACGCCGGCCCUGACGGCGACCUCCGUCCCCUCACCGAGCCUGAGUUCUACGAGAUCGUCGACCUCAAGAGACUCAUGGCCCAGGGCAUCGAUAUCGCCGGAUACUUUGACAAGUCUCCCGAGGAGAAGCAGAAGCUCAGAGAUAUUCUAGUUCUCCAGGCCGAGCAGCAGCAAAAAACCAUCGAAGAGGACGACGCCCACGCCCACGACGCGACUAUCGUCGAUAAGAUCCCCGUCAAGGACCACCACGGAAACGUCGAAUGGGAAGUCGUUCGCGAGCGAAAGAAAGAGGGUUGGGAACCUCUUAUGUACUACCUCUUCCUUCCUAUGAUGGGUGUCUUUGGUGUCUACUUUUUGUUUGGCUCCAAAAACUACAUGGGUGACUGGGCCCUCGAGGAAUUGCGUCUCCAGACCGAGGAGAAAUACCUCAAGGAUGACGCUUUCUACAACAGCCUGACCCCCGAACAGCAGCACCUCAAGCAGCUCAUCGUCGUCGACCGCAUCAUCGCCGGAAACUACGACGAGCUCAUCUCCCACGACGAGAAGUAAAUGUCUCUCUUCUCUUCUUCUCAUCUCCACACCCCAUCUCCUCAUAUCUUCCCUCACUAUCUCAUCCCUCUCGACUGAUUCAAUAUAGACCCGAGAUCGCGACAUAGACCAAAAGAGACAUCUCUCACCACAGCCUCAUUGUUAUCAGUAGAGCGGAGUAUCUUCAUUCAUCUUUCCUUCUUUUCAACGUGUCUACGCGUGCAUGUGUAUGCACCUGAUCUAGGAGGAACUAAUCGGCUUUUGUUUCCUGUUUUGUUUGUUUUGUACGGUGCAUCUAUAAUCUAUAAAUAUUCAUCUCAUUCUUUGAUUCACUA